ACUGAUUCUUCAUCAGCGAAGUGACCAGCUCUCCAAGGAAAGUGAAACAAAACCAAACAUGGAUAUUUAAACGUGCACAUAUUCCUUGGUUUUGCAGUUCAUUCAUUCCGAUUCUUCGCCCUUCCUCUGCAGCGCUUGAAGAAAAUCUUCAUUUCUUUCAUGCGCUCAGACUUUUAAUCUACACGCCACAUUUUCUGUGCAUGAGAUCUGGCACGAAUCCGCUGUGAAUCUUGCUAAGAUGGAAUAUUUUGCACAAUUUGGGAUGUGGGUGACCUUGAUCUUGUUCUUGACAUUUCAAAUUCAACCCAAUUAUGGGUUCUACCUUCCUGGUAGUUAUCCCCACAAGUAUGUUGUCACGGAUGAGUUGUGGGUGAAAGUGAAUUCGCUUACUUCCAUUGACACAGAGAUGCCCUUUAGCUAUUACAGUUUGCCCUUUUGCAAACCUGAGGGAGGUAUCAAGGACAGUGCUGAGAAUCUUGGGGAACUCCUCAUGGGUGACAGAAUAGAGAACUCUCCCUACAGGUUUAAGAUGCACACAAAUGAAUCUGAGAUUUACUUGUGCCGGGUGGAGUCAUUGUCCGGGGAUCAGUUCAAGAUCUUGAAGGAGAGGAUUGACGAGAUGUAUCAGGUUAACUUGAUUCUUGAUAAUUUACCUGCUAUCAGGUUCACACAGAAAGAAGGGUACUUUAUGAGAUGGACGGGGUACCCUGUUGGUGUUAAGAUCGAGGAUGCUUAUUAUGUGUUUAACCAUCUCAAGUUCAAUGUUCUUGUUCACAAGUAUGAGGAGACCAAUGUGGCUCGAGUAAUGGGGACCGGCGAUGGCGCAGAAAUGAUCCCUGUUGGCAAGGAGGACUCUUCUGAGAAGCCUGGAUACAUGGUUGUGGGGUUCGAGGUGAUUCCUUGCAGUAUCAUGCAUAAUGCUGAUAUGGCUAAAAACUUGAAGAUGUAUGACAAGUAUCCCUCGUCUAUCCGAUGCGAUCCGGCCACUGUGGCAAUGCCUAUCAAAGAGGGUCAGCCUCUUGUUUUCAGUUACGAGGUGACCUUUGAGGAGAGUGACAUCAAGUGGCCAUCUAGAUGGGAUGCCUACUUAAAGAUGGAGGGAGCUAAAGUGCAUUGGUUCUCUAUCCUCAAUUCGCUUAUGGUGAUCACUUUUCUUGCUGGUAUUGUUCUUGUGAUCUUCCUGAGAACUGUUAGGAGAGAUCUGACCCGUUAUGAGGAGCUGGACAAGGAGGCUCAAGCACAGAUGAAUGAAGAGUUAUCUGGUUGGAAGCUUGUGGUGGGAGAUGUUUUCCGUGCUCCAUCGAAUCCUGCUUUGUUGUGUGUGAUGGUUGGGGAUGGGGUUCAGAUUCUUGGUAUGUCUGUUGUGACAAUUUUGUUUGCUGCACUAGGAUUCAUGUCACCAGCAUCUCGCGGAACACUGAUCACAGGUAUGCUGUUUUUCUACAUGAUACUUGGUAUUGCUGCUGGCUAUGUCUCAGUUCGGUUGUGGAGGACAAUUGCCUUUGGAGAUCAGAAGGGCUGGGUUUCGAUCGCAUGGAAGGCCGCGUGUUUCUUCCCAGGAAUUUCCUUCUUGAUCCUCACAACCUUGAACUUCCUUUUGUGGGGAAGCCACAGCACUGGAGCCAUUCCAUUUUCACUCUUUGUGAUACUAAUCUUGCUUUGGUUCUGCAUAUCUGUACCCCUUACCCUUGUUGGUGGCUACUUCGGAGCCAAGGCACCCCACAUUGAGUAUCCAGUGCGAACCAACCAAAUUCCUCGUGAAAUUCCCCAGCAAAAGUACCCAUCAUGGCUGUUAGUUCUUGGUGCUGGCACCCUUCCAUUUGGCACCUUGUUCAUUGAGCUCUUUUUUAUCAUGUCUAGCAUUUGGAUGGGUCGAGUUUACUAUGUCUUCGGGUUCCUCUUCGUUGUUCUGAUCCUUCUUGUGCUGGUUUGUGCUGAGGUAUCUUUAGUUCUUACUUACAUGCACCUGUGUGUGGAGGAUUGGAAAUGGUGGUGGAAAUCUUUCUUUGCCUCCGGUUCUGUUGCCUUGUACAUCUUUCUGUACUCUAUUAACUAUCUUGUGUUUGAUCUCAAGAGUUUGAGUGGUCCUGUGUCUGCUACUCUGUACUUGGGAUACUCACUCUUCAUGGUUCUAGCAAUCAUGCUCUCUACAGGCACAAUUGGGUUCCUCUCUUCAUUCUGGUUCAUUCAUUACUUGUUCUCUUCAGUCAAGUUGGAUUGAAGACUUAACUCGCUUACAGAUUACCCCUACAGAGAACAGUUUUUAUCAAGAGGACCCUUUGAAUUGUUCAAUUUCUUGUUACUUUAUUUCAGUUCAUUUUGUUAGGGAACAUAGUAAACUUAGUGCAGCUAUGUUAUUCUGUUUUGCUUAACUCUUUGCCAGAUAUAAAAAAAAAUAUUCAUUGGAUGAUGUAGUUAGCAAUUGAUAAGUUUUUUGGCGUUCUGAAGCAUGUAAUUUUACUGUUGGUAGUUGAUGUUUGGGGAUGUAAUUCAUAUCUUUAUGGCAGUUGCCUGCAACAAAUUCCACUUUCAAUAAAAUUGCAGCAAAUUGCGUUUACACUUAA